AUGGACUGGGCAUCGAAACUGCCCUUUGGGCAAUCGAAACAUGCAGAGCCACACAAGGAUGAGCAGUCGCUCACCACUCUGCUGAGUGCAGAGCAGUGCGCAGAUCUUACGUUCUUGAUUGCGACUAUUACAGCUACCAUGCGGCAAUCCCUGCUGGACACCUUCAUUGCUGAGGAAGUACGACCGGAUCCCAAAGCUGCAAAAUCAGAAGAACAGACCUUGAUAGAUGCACCGUCUGAUCUUGGCAAUGUCGACGUGGCCAAAGAAGACAGAUUGAAGCAAGAGCGAGAGAAGCGGGAACAGAACGCAAAAGAAGAACUUGCAAAGCCAGAGGUACAGGAAUUGAAGCAAGAAAUGUUGAGCUACUUCGACGAAUGGAGAGGUAAAGUCAUUAGUCGUAUUGGCGAAUUGGUGAACUCGAGAGAAGAGGCGAAAGAACAGACCAAACACGUCGAAACUGAAAAGGUUCAGGGGCUCGCCGAGAUGUCUGGCACGGAGACAACGAGCCUCAGCAGCCUCUCACAAGAGGACGAAGACGAAGACACAGCUUUCAAAGAGCGCUAUCCAGCCGUGGACUCGAUACUCGCACGUCUGGACGAGCCCAAGCGUGCCCUGAUCCUGCACUCCUUAGUGCUUAUACUUCUUAGUCUGGAGCACUACUCGGCGCAUUCGCGAAUCCUCCUACUUUACCUCACCAGUUCUCUCCACCUCCGUCUUUUCAUCCUGAAGAAAGACGAAGAAACAGUCGCUCAGGGCCUCCUCGAAGCUGCUUCCCAACAGCUCAACGCAGAUGCCGAAACAAAGAAAGCAGCAGAAGCUUCUCAAACCGCACGGAAAUGGAAGGUCGGCCUCGCCAGCGUUGCGGGUGCAGCCCUCAUCGGUGUGACUGGUGGUCUCGCUGCCCCUCUCAUCGCAGCAGGUGUAGGCUCCGUCAUGGGUGGUCUAGGUCUUGGUGCCACAGCUGCUGCAGGGUAUCUAGGCACGCUGGCGGGCUCUUCAGUCCUUGUCGGCGGUCUGUUCGGCGCGUACGGCGCACGCAUGACCGGCGACGCAAUGGAUGCCUACGCACGACAAGUCGAGGAUUUUGCAUUCUUGAACAUCCACCGCUCGCAAGACCCUUCGAAACAGGACAACGAGACGCGCCGCUUACGUGUUGCUAUUGCCAUCAGCGGCUGGCUGCGUGAACCUGAGGAAGUCGUUGCGCCUUGGCGCUACAUCGGCAAAGGGACUGAAGGUUUCGCGUUGCGCUGGGAGCUUGAGGCUCUGCUCAAGCUCGGACAUAGUCUCGAGACUUUCAUCACGAGUGCGGCGUGGGGCUACGCGAAGAAGAAGAUCAUUGAGCAAACCGUCUUCGCCGCCGUUUCGGCCGCUAUGUGGCCCCUUGGUCUGCUUAAGAUCGCAAGUGUACUUGACAACCCGUUUAGUGUGGCAAAGUAUCGCGCUGACAAAGCGGGUGAGGUGCUCGCCGACGCUCUAAUCAACAAGGUUCAGGGCGAGCGUCCGGUGACACUUGUCGGUUACUCGCUUGGUGCACGACUCAUAUACUCGUGUCUGCAGCGUCUCGCGGAGCGAAAAGCAUUCGGACUCAUUGAGAAUGUUGUGCUGCUAGGUGCACCAUGCCCGUCCGAUACCGCGGACUGGCGCAAGAUGCGCUCUGUGGUCAGCGGCCGCGUAGUCAAUGUGUUCAGCACGCAAGACUACAUCUUGGGGUUCCUGUACCGCACUUCGAGUGUGCAGCUGGGCAUUGCCGGCCUACAACCCGUUCUGGGAGUACGCGGUGUUCAGAAUGUCGAUGUUACGGAACUCGUGGAUGGGCACUUGCAGUACCGGUUCAUCACUGGUUCGAUCCUGCGCAAGAUCGGCUUCGAGGACGUCGAUAUCGCGGAAGUGGAGAAGGCCGAGCGUGAGAUGGCCAAGCAGAAAGAGAAGGAAGAGGCUGAAAGGAGGAAGAACGAGGGCGAGACGACAGGGGAUGAAGAGAGGGACAGCGAGAAGGAGAAGCAGAAAUUGGAGGGUGAGGUGCAGAAGAAGAGUGAGCAGAGCAUGUGGCAGGUUAUGCAGGAGAAGACGAAGAGUCUCGAUAUUGGAGGCUUCUUCGGAACGAAGGAGGACGCAGGGAAGGUGCCGCCACCGACAUCAGCAGCAGCUGGUGAGCAAAAAGAGCUCAAGAAGGCCUAG